GCGAAACGGAUCGGCGCGCAUGCGCAGUUCGAAAUACCUUUCUCUUCGACCAAACGUUUCCCUUCUCUUUUCGCUCUCGGCCACUUCUCUCACUUCCCAUAUGUGUCGUGUGCUGUAUCGUUCAUAGAUUUCUACUCCUCAUAUUUCUCGCUUAUCCUUCGCAAUCUAAUUGGAUUGUUUCUCUCUCUUUUGAUUAGUUUUAAAGAAUGAAUCGAAUUUGCAAUAGCUUAAAACGUUGAUAAUUUGAACUGAUCGUAGCUUUCUCAUUUGCCGGCAGUGUUAAAGUUGUGCUCUGAAAAACGUGGUUCAAGCCAGAGUUUAAAAAAGUGUAGGUGCGCGCAAUAAAUAUAUACUUUGCUUAUUCUGUUUGUACUGAUACAAGCAAGCUAAUCCGACUACAGAUACUCCUCAAUCGAUGGGUAAAACAAGAGAAUUUUUCAAGGCGCUGGUGAGAAGGAAACCUGUACAGGUCAGCCUAGAAGAAACAAAAUUAAAUCGUUGUUUGUCAACAUUGGAUCUUACUGCUCUUGGCAUUGGCAGUACUUUGGGCUUAGGAAUAUAUGUUCUUGCUGGUCAAGUAGCUAGUGUAAAAGCUGGGCCUGCUGUUAUUGUAUCAUUUUUUAUUGCUGCUGUAGCAUCUGUUUUUGCAGGUUUAUGUUAUGCGGAAUUUGGAGCUAGAGUACCCAGAGCUGGCUCUGCUUAUGUAUAUAGUUAUGUGACUGUUGGAGAAUUAAUGGCUUUUAUCAUCGGAUGGAAUCUCAUAUUGGAAUAUGUGAUAGGGACAGCUUCAGUUGCCAGAGGUUAUAGUGGUUACAUAGAUUCUCUUUUUAAUGGUACAAUGCAAAGGCGUUUACAAGAAGUCAUGCCUAUGAAUAUUCAGCAUAUUUCAGAGUAUCCAGAUUUCUUAGCUUUUGGGAUUACAUUAUUUUUAGCAUUGUUGCUUUGCUUUGGAGUGAAAGAAUCCUCACGCUUCAAUAACCUCUUUACUGUGUUGAACCUGGGUGUUGUUGUUUUUGCAAUUAUUGCUGGAUCCAUCAAGUCUGACCCAGCGAACUGGAAACUACCACAAUCAGAGGUACCAGAGGGUGCUGGAGUUGGAGGGUUUUUACCUUUUGGUGUAUCUGGUAUGAUGUCAGGAGCUGCAACUUGUUUUUAUGGUUUUAUUGGAUUUGACUGCAUAGCUACAACAGGGGAGGAAGUUAAAAAUCCUCAGAAAUCAAUCCCAAUUAGUAUUGUUCUAUCACUUCUAUUUGUCUUCCUUGCCUAUUUUGGGGUAUCCACUGUGCAGACAUUGAUGGUGCCAUAUUACCUCCAAGACAACCCUGCUCCUUUACCAUUUGUGUUUGAACAUGUUGGAUGGACAGCCUGCAAAUGGGUCAUUUCUAUUGGAGCAUUGGCUGGCCUUUCCACCAGCUUGUUAGGAGCUAUAUUCCCUCUUCCCCGAGUGUUAUAUGCUAUGGGUUCUGAUGGAAUAAUUUUCCGCUUUUUGGCAAAAGUAGAUCCUCGAUUCCAGACACCUCUCAUUGCAACUGCUGUUUCAGGAGUUUUUGCUGGAGCCAUGGCUAUGAUGUUCAAUGUUCAUGAACUGGCUGAUAUGAUGUCAAUUGGAACUCUUCUGGCAUAUUCUCUAGUUGCAGUCUCAGUGACUAUUUUAAGGUACAGGUGUAUGGAUCCAAUCGAACCAUCACCAAGAAGUAAUGCCAGAUAUUCAUCUAUUGCUCAGAGCCCAGAGAAGCGACUCAAUGAUAAUGACACAAAUGGAAAACCAAGCUUAGCAGAUGCUUUACAAGUUCCUAUUGUUAAGAUAACAUACAAUACAAUAUUACGACAAUUAUUGAAUAUUGAUGGAUUGGAGAAACCAACAGCUUUAUCAAGCAGAAUUAGUGUUUGGCUGAUUGGAAUAACUGGUGUAUUGAUUAUUGCUAUGGAUGGCCAACUAGCUUUGAAUGAAGAAGGUUUGAAAAAUAAAGAUUUCACAUCCCUUCUGUGUCUAAUUGUGGUCAUUGCUCUAAUUCUUUUGUGUCUAUUGAUGCUGCAGAGACAACCUUCUGAAAAUGCCAAAUUAUCUUUUAAAGUCCCUUUGGUUCCUUACAUUCCUAUGCUGAGUGUUGCCAUUAAUACCUACUUAAUGUUCAAAUUAUCAGUUCUGACAUGGCAGAGAUUUGGGGUUUGGAUGGCAAUAGGAUUUGCUGUAUAUUUCUUCUAUGGCUUAUGGAACAGUUCUGAGCGCUAUAAGCAUCGUAAUGGUACAGCUGCUGUUUAUGCUGUAGAUAAUGGUGAUGCUCAACUAGUGGAGUGUAAAGGCAUGCUGAAUUCCAGCCCUCUGCAUAAAGGUAAAGCUAGUGUUGAGAGCAACAUGUCUGAUAUGUUGUCCAGUAUCCACUCAGAGGCCAAAUUAAUUUCGGACCAUCCCUCUAAUGGGACAGUUUAAAAACUUGUACAAAUGAACUUUUCAUCAUUAUAAUGGACUUUCAACGUAAAGGCAUGAUUGCAAAAUCAUUGUGUUGGAAUCUUCAAGUGAUCAUUUUAAUUCUUCCCAGUGAAAAUUUUGUGAAAAGAACUUUUAUGUUGAGUGUUAUAUAUUCAUUUAGAACUCUAUUUAAGUUAAACAAAUGUUUUCAAAAAUUUUACAUUAAAAUUCAAUUUUGCAUUAAAUGAUAAUUUUUACUAUUAAAAUAGGGAAUUGUAUGUAAUUAAUAAUUUGCAUUUAUAAAUUAAUUUUCUAAUUUUGUUUAUAAAAUGUUAAUUUAAUAUUCAUAGACUGUUACCUCAAAAUUUUAUCCAUGUUUUGAACAUAGUUUUGAAACUAUCAUAUUAUUAAUAUUUGUUUAAUAAUGGUUGAUGGUUGAAUAAUAUGGUUGAUGCAAUAAUGAAUUAUUCUUUAGCUUAAUGAAUUAACACUAAAACAACACUAAACACUAAAACAACUGCAACUUUUUUAUUAUAUUUUAAAAGUUAAAGCUUACAUCUGUAAUUACUUAUUUAUAACUUUUUUUAAAUUCAUUGUGUUAGCAUAUCCAGGUCAUAUAAAACCAUACAAUUAUCUAUAAAAAUUGAUUGAAUCUUUCUUUGUUUUUUAAAUAGUCAAAAGCUGUUUUUAGUAAAUGUUAGAUAGUAUUUAAUAAAACAGUUAUUUUUACUUUUUGUAUCAUGUUUAUAACUCUUUGUACUAAGCUUUGUGCUUUAAAAAAAACUAUAGAGGAUUUCAGUUAUGAUAUAAUUUAUAAUUGUAUCAAUUAAAGUUACUUAUACUGUGCAGUUUUAAAUUUAAAAUAUUUUCAAGGAAAAUAUUAAUUUGAAAAAAAAAGUGAGUAAAUUAUUAGGAUGCCAAAUAACUUUAAAUGCUGUCACUAAGACAUUAACAUAAAAUAUUUAUCAUUUAAAUGCAGUGUUCAUGUGAAUUAACCAUAGUGUGAAAUUAGCAUGGUUAGAUAUAUUAGAUAUAUAUUACAAAAUAUCAAAAUGAGACUUCAAAAUAACAAGCCAAAUGAAAUCAACCAGAAUACUGGUUUAAGUAAAAUAUUUUGAAAUAUUUUUAUAUAAAAUGAUCUUGAGAAUUAUAUGAAAUGUAAUCUUUAUAGAAGUAAAAAAAAAAAUAAUAAACUUUAGAUUAAUUUAAACUGUUUAUAUCAUCAUUGUUUAUUAUUCUAUCAAAUAUUUCUUUUACUGUUUUAUAGAGAUUUCAUUCAUUUACUUCUGUGACUUGUUAGUAUUAAAUUAUAGCUGAAUUAGUUAUUUGUUUGAAAUUAAUUGUUUACUGCAACAGUUGGGAUAAAAAAUAUCUGAAUAUAAAUGGUUACUAAAUUUUUUAAAAUUCCUAUUAUAGAAUUAUUUCAUAUUACUCUUAAAAGAAUAAAAAUGUGAUAUAAAGUUCAACAAUACAAAUUUCAUGAACAGAAAAAAUUAUGCAGUACCAUUGUGAAUAUUUGGUCUAAUUAAUCUUAUUAUUAUUAACAUCAGGUGCUCUUAAUUGUUCUGUUUUAAAAAUAUAUGUUAUUGUAAGAAGUAUUCUUGGAAUCAAGAAAUGCACUUCUAAAUUGGUUCUUAAAUAUUUUAAAUUUCAAUUUGUCAGGUGAUUUAUCUCAUGCAUAGUAUUAUUGUAUAUAAAUUCACAAAUGAAAUGAAUUCAGUUUUGCAAUCAUACCUUUUACCUUGUGUGCACUUGAGCUUACAAUAACAGGAGUAGAAUGAGUUAUUGUACACACUAAAGCUUGUGACUCACAAUUAACAUCAUUUUUAAAAGAAAAACCAAUACUGCAUUUGUUAUUCAACAAAUGUGACAUUUUCUGUGAUUCACAUAAUCAGAGAUUCUUGAAAGGUUGUAAAGAAGGAAAAAAAAAUAUUUUGUUAUUGUUAAAAUGGCUAGCAAAAAGGGUUGUAUUAAGUAUUAAUUGUAUUAAAAAAAACUGCUAGAUACAUUCUUUGAAGGCUGUAUGGAAAUUUUACAGCAUUAUCUGAAACUUGUGAUAAAAUUGAAGGCUACAUAUGUAUUAAUCACAUGCCAUUGGUGAACAUUAGUUAUGAAAGAACCUAUUGACAUGGGGGUUUUCUUUUGGUGAUUAAUCACUGGCAGUGAUUAAUGCACAAGUACCAAUUAAUUAAUUAAAGACUGGAAAUGGAAAUAAGAAUAAAUAUUUAAUGCAAAUUUUAUAAGAGAGCUAUAAAUAAAAUUCAGACCAGUUUCAGCAUGUCUGCAUUUUUCAAGUCAUCGAUUCAAGACAGCUGAUAAAAUAGUAGUGGUUGUAAUGAUAAUUAUGGCACUUUAUUUUCCUGGUCACUCUUUGAGAUAUGUAUGUCACUUGACAUUUCAUAGAGUAUGUUAGACUUUAACAUAGUUUCUCAGAUUGAAAAAGUUGGUAUUUACUAAAUUUUAAUGCUGAAUGGGAAGGGGGGAAGGAAUUUAACUCUGCUACAGUUUCCAUUUCCAAUCUUCUGUUUGUUUAUAUGACUAAAACAGUUUCUUCCAUGCUGUUAUGGUUUAUAUUGAAAUUUGUUUUGUGUAUUGUAUACAGACUCACUGAAAGUAAAUCUCUAUUGAUGCACUUUCAGUAUGAAAAAAGAAUUUUCUUUGUCAUAUUAAUAAAAAUAUGGACUUUUCUGCGGUAAAAAAAAAAGAAUUAAUUUAAUAAAUACAAAGAAACGAAAAAAACAGGAAAAUUCCAUAUUUUUAAAAAUUGUAUUGUAUAUACUUUCCUUGCAUGUUUUAUGUGAAUGUAUUGAAUAUUUUGAAGUUUCUGUGAAAAUGUUCACUAUUUUAUUCAUGAAAUGUUAUUGUUUUCACUACUAAGUUGUUGACGUUUUCAAUUAUUCAUAAUUUUGUAUAUGGAUUAUGCCUUUUCUGUGUGUUUUAUAUUCAUUUUUAUUAAUGAAUUUUUCUUAAAGAUGUUGAAAAAAACUUUUAUUAGCUAGUCAUAUUUACCUAAAUUAAUAGAUAAAUAACUCAAAGAAAUGAAAAUAUGUUUGGAGAUAAGUUUACAAUUUUUUUUAAAAAAAUAAUACAAAUUAUCUUUUAUGUAGUACUUUUUUUUUUUACAGCAUGAAUAAUUUCAUAAAAUUUCUUUUAUAAACAAAAGUGAUAUUCAUGUUACUAAACCAACAAACAAAUGCAGAAUCUUUUUAAUAUAAUAUUUAAAAGAGAUAAAUAUGUAAAUUUUUAUGACUUAUAAUGGGAAAAAUAACUCAGCCUCGUUGUUUCCUUUAUUUUUUUUUAAUCUCUAACUUUGAAUAUACACACUUAAAAGUUUAUGUAUAAGUUUUCAAUGAAUUUUGAAUUUAUCUAUAAGUAGCAUUUUAUUUAUAAAUUUCAUUGAAGAACAAAUCAUUUUUUUUUUUUUUCUUUUUUUGACAUAGCUGUUUUUUUUUGUGUGUGUGUUUCAUAUUACACAGAAAACUGGAACAUUUCAUUUGGCAAAUGCUUGAAGUAUACAAAGCAUGAACUGUGUAUAUUUUUUAUUUGUUACCUAAGUUCUUAUUUGUAAAUAAAUAAAUAUAUUUUUUCUUUUUAAAUUGCUGGCUUAUAUGCUGUGUUUACUGCUUCCGAUUCCAAAGGUAUUGUAUAUUUUGUUAUGUUUGGAUCAUUGUAGACAUUCUGUGUUUUGGUAUUUGUUAGUAAAUAUUGUUUGAAAAUAAAAUUUGUGUUCCUAA